UUAAUAGCCACAGGCGCUACUAUACGUAAUAUACUAGGCAGGAAGAGGAAACCCAAUAUCCAUGGUAAUCAUUAUUUACGUGUAGCUAGCUGCUUUAUCAAGUGAAGUACAAGACAAGAAAGACUACACAUUCAAGAGUGAAGGAUUGACCUAUAUACCGCACUACAUCAAGACACACGUACCUCAAGAAUCAAGCACUAUAAGUUCUACCACCCUGUGCCUGUGUGCCUGUACUAGCUGUGUGCCUGUGUGCCUGUACUAGCUGUGUGCCUGUGUGCCUGUGUGCCUAUAUAUAUCCACUACUAUGGCUGAGGCCCACCAAGCUGUAGCAUUUCAGUUUCGUGUCACAGAGGAGGGUAUUGAUGUGCACUUUGAUCGUGAUGCUAUCAGGACUGCUCUCAGAUCUCUACUGGGUUUGUUUCGAUCGCGAUAUCUGCGACUACGAAACACACUACUACGCGGAGUGUUCCCUGCAUCUCCACUCUCUCUGGUGCUCGUUAUAUCGCUAGUCAUAGGGGCAUACUCAAUAGGCCACGACCCUUCUUAUGGUGUCAUAGCGUGGAUACAAGGUGGACAAAGUGAUGUACUGCCGACUGUACUCACCUGGUUGCUAUUGGUUACACAGUCUGUGUUUCUAUGGUUACUGCUCUCCUAUAUACAACGCUACUCACUCAAAGCACUGCUGUGUUAUCAGGGAUGGAUGUUCGAUGAAAGAGGCAAGCAGAGUGUGGUCACCAAGGUGUGGGCUCUCCUAGUGACGAUGCUCACUGGACCUUUCAAACCAAUGCUCAAUAGUUACCAGAAGGCGUUACCACGGCUACCCGUACCACCGCUCAAGGAUACUUGUCAGAGGUAUCUGGACUCUGUGCGGCCACUAUUGGAUGAUGAACAAUACACGGAAAUGGUCGGACUAGUGGAAGAGUUCAAGUCUCUCCUUGUACAGAGUGGUCCAGGUAAGAAGAUGCAACGCUACCUUGUCCUCAAGUCAUGGUGGGCCAGUAACUAUGUGACUGACUGGUGGGAGACUUACGUCUACCUGUAUGGACGAUCUUCCAUCAUGAUCAACAGCAACUACUAUGCUUGUGACAGUGUGGCAUAUGACUUGACUAGAUCACCAGUGGCACGUGCUGCCAUGAUCUCCUACACUACCAUGAGGUUCAAGGUGGACAUAGAGAGAGAGAGACUCAAGCCUCUGGUAGUAUUGGACCUUGUACCCUUGUGCUCGGCUCAGUACGAGCGUGUGUUCGGGACCACACGGAUACCAGGAGUGGAGGCUGAUAAGUUAGCUCAUGUGACUCCUAACGAGUGCCUCCACUGUGUUGUGUACAAGGCUGGAAGAUGGUACAAAGUUCAACUGGCCACACCCAAGAGACUGUUCACACCACCGGAGAUACAACAACAGUAUGAGGCGGUGUUUGCUGAUGCUGGUGAGGGCAGUGUGAGCUGGGGGGAGGAGCAUCUGGCUGCACUCACUGCAUGGGACAGGAAGUCAUGGGCAGAGACUAGACAGCAAUACUUUAGUAGCGGCAUCAACAAGGUCUCCAUGGAAACAAUAGAUAAGGCUGCCUUUGUGAUGUUCUUUGAUGAGCACUCCCCCUCCAUGAGUAGCGAUGAUGGAGAUUGCCUCACCUCAUACUGUAAAGACCUCCUCCACGGCAGCGGUCAUUCACGAUGGUUUGAUAAGUCACUGACACUCGUCACAUUCAACAAUGGAAGGUUUGGCAUCAAUGCCGAGCACUCGUGGGCGGAUGCUCCCAUCGUGGGCUAUCUACUCGAGUAUUGCUGUAACUUGGAGCAUAACAUUGGCUAUCAUGAGAACGGGUCUUGCAAGGGUCGUGUUGAGACCACACCCCCUAAACCACAGCGACUAGAGUGGGACAUCACCACAGAGGCUGUGUCUCGUAUUGACGCUGCUUUGACCUUUGCCCUCGACAAGAUAGCAGACACUGAUGUGUAUGUACUAGAGCACAGUGAUUUUGGCAAAGGAGACAUCAAGAAAUGCAAGAUCAGCCCCGAUGCUUUCAUCCAGAUGGCCCUCCAGCUAGCCUACUACAAGGAUUCCAACAGCAACUUCUGCCUCACUUACGAGGCUUCUAUGACGAGGUUGUUUCUGGAGGGACGCACGGAGACAGUCCGUCCCGUUACCAUGGAGUCAACGGCUUUUGUACGAGCCAUGUGUGACCCCAAUGCAUCCAACGAGGAGAGGGAGUGUCUACUCCGUGUUGCCGUGGACAGACAUGCCCUUAGUUACAAGCUAGCCAUGACUGGGAAAGGAGUUGAUCGUCAUCUCUUCUGCCUCUACGUUAUGUCUCGAUAUCUCAAACUAGAGUCUCCAUUUCUGGCCAAAGUCUUAGGAGAGCCGUGGAAAUUAUCCACUAGUCAAACGCCUGGUCAGCAAACUGGGAAGAUUGAUUUCAACAAGAUGCCUAAGACGAUUAGCCCAGGAGGUGGCUUUGGACCGGUGGCUGCCGAUGGUUACGGAGUCUCGUACAUUAUUCAAGGAGAUUAUUUCAUUUAUUUCCACGUGUCCAGUUUCCAUAGUGCUCCAAAUACCAACUCAAAGAAAUUUGCUGAAACCAUCAAACAAAGUAUGGCGGAUAUGAGGGAUCUCGUGUUGAGCAAAUGAGAGGACAGACCUGACAAUUAGUGAUCACUACUAUUGUACGUGUGUAUGUGUAUAUAUUUAUUAUGUCUUCAUUAUUUUGUUUUACUCAGUGGAAUAUUAUUUAUCACAUGUGAA